AUGUUCGCAUAUGUGGCCAGCCUUCUCGCCUUAUGGGCAGCAGCACACGCUUCUCCUACGCAGUCAGUUCCCACCGCCGCGGUGCGCAACGGAACCUACAUAGGUGUGCACAGCAGCACAUACAAUCAGGACUUCUUCCUGGGUAUGCCCUAUGCCCAGCAGCCAGUGGGUAACCUGCGAUUUACUGUACCGCAGCCAUUGAACGAAAACUGGAGCGAAGAGCGUGACGCGAAGGAUUAUUCAGAUAUCUGUGUGGGAUAUGGGACGGACUCUAUCUGGUAUCCUCAGUCCGAAGCUUGUUUGACGCUGAAUGUCAUCCGCAGCUCGUCUGUCACCAAAAACUCGAAACUUCCCGUAGGAGUCUGGAUCCAUGGCGGUGGAUUCUACAUGGGGUCAGGAGCGGACCAACGGUAUAACAUGUCGGCGAUUGUUGAGAAUGCUGAUAAGAUCGGCAAACCAUUCAUCGCCGUCACUCUGAACUACAGACUCUCAGCCUGGGGCUUCAUCAGCUCGAGCCAAGUCUACGGCAGCGGGAAUACUAAUCUUGGACUGAGAGACCAAAGACUGGCACUCGAAUGGGUCCAAGAGAACAUCGCUGCCUUUGGUGGUGACCCCAGCAAAGUCACAAUCUGGGGCGAGUCAGCCGGCGCAAUGUCAGUGGGUUAUCAUCUGACAGCGUAUGGAGGUCGAGACGACAAGCUAUUCCGAGCGGGCAUUAUGGAAUCGGGCGGAUCUAUCGCUGCUAGCUCGUCUAAUUACACUACGUUCCAGUCCACCUACGACCAACUGGUAUCUAAAGUGAACUGCGCGGACACAGUGGACACGCUGCAAUGCCUACGCGAAUUGCCCUUCGAGACCCUCAACUCGGUUCUGAACGGAACCGAUGGCUCUUCCGAAUAUAACUUUUCGCCAGUGGUAGACGGGGACCUGGUUCAGAACUGGGGAAGUAUUCAGCUGAACAAGCAUGAGUUCGUCAAGGUUCCUAUCCUCGCUGGCAGUAACACGGACGAAGGAACUGCAUUUGGGCCGGUCGGAAUCAAUACCACAGAGCAAUGGUAUGAGUAUCUCACUGAUGGUGGGUUUGACUUCCAGACACCUCCGUCCGUUGCCAAGGAGAUUCUCAAGCUAUAUCCCGAUGACCCGUCUCAGGGCAUCCCGGAAUUCCUCGGUGACAAGCGAGUCCCCUCAAUGGGCUACGAAUGGCGACGAACAUGUGCAUUUGCAGGAGACUAUACCAUGCAUGCAAAUCGCCGACGCCAGUGCGAAGCGUGGACAGAGACCUCGACACCGGCAUACUGCUACCGAUUCAACGUGCACUCCGCCGACACGCCACUUAUCUUCGGAGCAACGCAUUUCGAGGAAGUCUCCUUUGUAUUCCACAACAUCGCCGGGCUGGGAUAUCACUACGGGAAACCGUUCGCCGGGGUACCGCAGUCGUACAUCGAUCUGAGCUCUAUGAUGACCAGCAUGUGGGCCUCGUUCAUCCAUGACCUGGACCCUAACUCGGGAGUGGUGAACAAGUCGGUGCAUUGGGAGGCGUACGGGAAGGACAAGCCCGUUGACCUGUUCUUGAAUGCCAAUACAACUAGUCAUAUGGAGGCGGAUACCUGGCGCAAAGAGGGCAUUGACUAUAUUAACUCCGUUGCCGAGGCGUUCUGGAGAUGA